CUUCAGUCGUAGCUCGUAGGCUGGCUCGUUAUUAUAGUCGUACAUAUAUAUUUUUAGAAUAAUUUGACGAUUUGGUCUUGGUCGGUUUCAGUCGGUGAAUAAAUGUGUGUUGAUACUUAAAACUUUAUUUACUAGCACUUGUUUAAAUUCAAUUAUUAUUGUUUAUGUUUACAUUGUCACUGUAAUAAUUUUUAUUUUAUUGUAUAUUAUAAUAACGUUGUACAUAUAAUAAGGGUGAACGAACGACAACGAUUGUGCGUGUAAUACAACUAAGCAUGGAGUGAAUUUUGUGUAGUUUUAAAUUACUUGCAACUAUUGCCGUUUAUCCUAAUAACAGAACUCAACGAUUCGAGUGUUAGUCAAGAACAAAUUCCAACAAAAUCAUUAUUAAGUCAUUUCAAUCCAACGAAUAUUUGAAAAAAAAAUAAAAAAACAAAAGAAAUUAUGAAAAUCUCAAAUGUGAUGAUAAAAAAUUUUGAAUUAAUCGAUAUUAUGGUUAUCUAUCGUGAACUUACGCGAUUUCCUAAUAGAAGACACUGAAGUUUCUUGAAACCAUCUAAGUAAAAGUAGAAAUGCCAACGUAAACGUUUAAGAAAAUAUCGUUUGAUGUAAGUGCAUGUAUGCGUGUAUAUAUGCACGCGUGUGUGCGUGACAACGAGGAGGAGGGUGAUGGAUGACAUACGAGGCACUUCGGCAGGUCGCCGACUUUCCCAGAUCUUCGAUCCAAUCGCCCGACUCGCCUCGGAUUUUGGUUCUAGUUCUUCAGCUCCAUGUAGCCCACGACUGGGUUUAAAUAAUCGGACUUAUGAAAAUGCCAGUGUCUUUGAAUCAAAUAAAUCACGUGGAAGUAAUAAAACAUCAGAUGUUAAUCAUGAAAAUACACGAUUACUAUCGAGACAACGUAGCGGUAGUACAACACGCCAAGUAUCGGUAUUACCAUCUAAUAGAUCACAGCAAUUAAAUGAUUCACCUGUACAUUCUCGAAGCUUAACGUCGACUUAUGUCAAUGUACCAUGUGAUAACUCACAUCAUGGACGUCGAGACAAAUCUUUUGUCGAUAAUAAUAAAAGUAAUAUUGGGUAUAUUGAACUAAGAUCUAAAGACAAUAAAUCUCUUUAUCAUGGUGUGAUGCCACCACCUUUUAGCUUUAGCUCUGAAUCAAGUGGUUGCGUUGAAUAUGCUGACAAAAAAAAUCUAUAUGAAAAUAAAUCGGAUAAUUUUAGUUCGUAUGGUAAUUUUGAAAAUGACUCGUCAUCUGAUGCAUCUUCACCUUUAUUUGAAAAUGCCGGUGGUGAAGGUGGCUCAUCAUUGAGUUCAAAUGUUGACAGGAUAUUGACGGCAUUUGGUGGUGGUAAACAACAGCAAUUUCGUAGAGCAUCAAUUGAUCGUGAUGUUACCUUCAAUUCAUCAAUGUCACCAGCAACGUCUGCUAGUGACGAACCGAGAGAACGAUUUGAUGGUCGAACUACGGCUUACUCGUCUUCUAAAAGCUUCGAUGCUGGUUUUGCUGCUACGGUAGAAAAUCUAAAUUGGCAAGAGAGAUGUUUAGAAUUACAACUUGAGCUUCAUCGGAGCAGAAGUCAAGCGACGAGAGUACGAGAUAUGCUACGAGAGAAGCUUUCGGAGCUUGAACAACGAGUUCUUGAUGCUGAGGGAAGAGCAGAUGAAGCCGAAGAUAAAGUACGGAUGAUGGAGGAACGGUUGGUAAAGGGUGAAUACAGCCUGAGCACAUCUGGAGUAGGUUCCCCAGCACACUCAUUGGCGUCUACCUCGGGUACUCAGAAUGACAAAAUUGAAGAAGUUCAUUGCGCUUGUAUUUCAAAAUUAGAAACACAAGUUGAAGAGCAGAGACAAUUACGACUUCAAGACGCGAAACAAGUUGAAGCAAAAGCCGCACGAAUAAAAGAGUGGGUUACUAAUAAAUUACGAGAGUUAGAACAACAAAAUCAACAUUUACGUGAGCAAAACAACAAGUGUAAUCAACAACUAGAACUUUUACGAAACCACAUUACCAACAUUGGCCUAAGACCUCUGGUGCCUGCUACAAGAGCAUCUUUAUCUUUAGAAGUUGAUCAAUCUUUACGCAGACGCUCAGAAAGUUUAGAAACAACACCACAAGUCAUUUCUGAAAACGUGAAUCAAACAACUACUGGGGACUUCCCACAGAUAGGAAUUCGCCAUAGGCGACAUCUAUCCGCUUGUGGAACUAUUCAUCAGGGAAUCACAACAAAUAUGGAUUCAAGCUUAUUAUCUGAGGAGUUAGCUGCAGCUGUGGAAAAUUUGGUUAUGCUUCCGAGUAUACCAGGUGUCUCAGAGACAAGUCGUGACAGUGGUAGUUCAGAAGCUAUACAUGAUUAUGCUGAAAUUUACACUCCUAGUCGUGAAGAUAUAAACUGGGUAAAUCAAUCUGGUGGUACAGCUGCUCCUCGACCACCAACACCACCUUUGCAUAGAUUUCCAAGUUGGGAAGCUAAAAUAUAUCAAGUUGCUGAUGGUGGACUUGGUAUUGGACCUCCUACAAAUGAAGAUACAUCUGGUAUUCCUUCAUCUACAUCUAAUACCACUUCGUCAAAACACUCUCACACUGCGGGUCAUAAUUUGACAACUCAUAAUUCCCAAGGAUACUGUGAUAUAUCUGUACCAGUUUACGCUACAGUUAAAGGCCGGGCAAGUCAAAUCAGAUCUAUGCCAUUUGGAGAUAGCUCUGAUGACAGUUCUGAUGGUGAAGAACACGCGAAUCCAACAGAGACAAAUACAAGAAUAACGAAUAGCUCAUCGGACAAUACUGACACAUCACUUGGUAGUGGCAGUAGCCCCUCAAAAAGCAUAAAAACUACCAGUAGUCUCAGUCCAGCUAAACGAAGUUCAAGUGGUUCUCCAAGUAAAAGCGUAAAACGAGAUAUAUCGUUAGAAUCUGGUCUAUCUGAGGACUAUGCUAUUCCUCCUGAUGCUUUAAGUUCUACCUCAAUUGAAUCUAGUAUGCCGAGUUUAUUAAUGCGUGUAGCUGGUGAAAGUCCAAAAAAAUUAGAAUCUUUGGAGAAAGCUGGCCAUCUAGCUAAGCUUGGCGGUAAAUUAAAAACUUGGCGAAAAAGGUGGUUUGUAUUAAAAAAUGGGACUCUAAUGUAUUGGAAGAGCCAAAAUGAUGUUAAUAGAAAACCUCAAGGCCAAGUAAUAUUGGAUGAUAUCUGCAGAAUAAACAGAGCUGAAGGUGCUGCUACUUUUGAAAUUUCAACGGGCAAAAAAACCUAUUAUUUAACUGCAGAUUGUAUUGCAACUAUGGAAGACUGGAUAAGAGUUUUACAAAAUGUUCAAAGGCGAAACGCAACAAAGUUAUUGCUCAGUAGAGAAGACAAUAAACCAACGAUUCAGGGUUGGUUGACCAAAGUUAAAAAUGGUCAUGCCAAAAAAUGUUGGUGUGUGCUUAUUGGAAAAAUGUUUCUUUAUUUCAAAUGUCCUAGUGAUACGAAUCCUAUUGGCCAAAUAAAUAUGCGAGAUGCACGUGUUGAAGAAGUAGAACAUGUUUCGGAUAGUGAUAGUGAAGAAAGAGACGCUGAAUGUCCGCAUGAAAGAACAAUUGGAAUUUUCCCAACUCAUCAAGGACCCACAUAUUUAUUAAUGCCUCACAAACAAGAUAAAGAUAAUUGGCUUUAUCAUUUAACAGUAGUUUCUGGUGGUGGUCCAAAUGCUGGUACUCAGUACGAACAAUUGGUUCAAAGAUUGAUGGAAACUGACGGUGACCCAGGUUGUGUUCUUUGGCGGCAUCCAUUGUUACUACAUACUAAAGAAAACAUCACUAGUCCAUUAACAAGUCUUACAUCAGAAGCAUUGCAAUCUGAAGCUAUUAAAUUAUUCAAAGCAUGCCAACUUUUUAUGUCAGUGGCAGUAGAACAAGCUGGAAUAGAUUAUCAUGUGGUACUCGCACAAAAUGCACUACAACAGUGUUUAGAUCAACCUGAACUUCAGACUGAAUUUAUAUGUGCGCUAGUAAAACAGACAAGCCGUCACACACACCAGCGCUUGGGCGUACAGGUAAAAAAGGCCGCCAGACUUGUGUCGCUGAGUACUGCGCGUGUUCAACUCCUUCUGUGCGCCACGCAAUCGCUCUUCACUUGCGAUACGCAAAGCCCCGCGGCAAACGGCGGCGGUGAAAAUGCGGAUGCGCAGUCGACGGCCUCAACUUCUCACAGUCCUCCGCUCACGCAGGGUCAUUCAACAUCAAAUAUUUUGGACUGCAAAACAAAUCCUGCUCAGUACGUCCUCGUUCAAGGAUGGCAGUUACUCGCUCUUGCUGUUUCACUCUUCUUACCAAGGAACAAUCGUCUACUCUGGUAUUUAAAGCUCCAUCUCCAAAGAAAUGCUGAUUCUAAAACGGAGUGUGGAAAAUAUGCAGCAUACUGUGAACGUGCACUGGAAAGAACUCUUCAGAAUGGAGGAAGAGAAGUUAAACCUUCUCGAAUGGAAGUUUUAUCAAUACUAUUAAAAAAUCCGUAUCAUCAUUCGCUACCUCAUGCUAUUCCAGUUCACUUUCUCAAUGGAACUUAUCAAGUUGUUAGUUUUGAUGGCAGCACGACAAUUGAAGAAUUUUUACAUACUCUUAAUCAAGAGAUCGGCUGCCGUGAUGCUCAUCAAUCAGGCUUCACUUUAUUCAGCGACGAUCCUAUUGAAAAAGAUUUAGAGCAUUUUAUUGAUCUUCAAGCUAAGCUUUGCGAUAUUAUUUCUAAGUGGGAAACAGCUUUACGAGAAAAAGGUUCGGGAAAAUUUGAAAAUACUCGAGUUAUACAGCUGACGUACAAGUCAAGAUGUUAUUGGCGAUCAGCGGCUAAAAUGGAAACCGAUCGAGAACGUCUGUUGUUGUGCUACCAAGUUAAUCAACAAGUUGUACAAGGAAAAUUUCCAUUGAAUCGUGAUUUAGCUUUUGAGCUUGCUUCACUUAUGGCACAGAUUGAUUUUGGAGAAUACAACCAUGACAAAAUACGUGGAAGUGGACCUGCCAAUAAUCCAAGUCAUUUAAUACUUCAGGCAUUAGAUAAAUUUUUCCCAAUACGUUAUCGAUCAAAUAUUUCAACGGAUCAAUUGAGAGAGUUACAAGAAAAAUUGCAAGAAAAAUGGGUUGGAUUACGAGGUCGCAGUGUAAUUGAUUGCGUUAGAAUUUAUCUUACUUGCACUCGAAAAUGGCCUUUCUUUGGUGCAACUUUAUACCAAGCAAAACUCAAACAAGCAGAACCUAUUACAUUAUGGAUUGCAGUCUCAGAAGAUAGCGUUACAUUACUCGAAUUACAAUCAAUGGCAGUAAUGUAUCGUUAUAAUUACGCCAACAUAAUAACAUUUGGUGGAUGCUUGGAUGAUUUCAUGCUCGUUGCGUGUCCUGAUGAAGGCGUAGCUGAACAAAAAUUAAUAUUUGCCCUCAGUAAACCCAAGAUUUUGGAAAUAACUUUACUAAUUGCUGAUUAUAUGAAUGCUUUGGGUCAUACUUUACCCGGCACUCCUCAAAUGAAUACGUUAACACGAAAUGGAUCACACAGAUCAAUUAAAUCUACAAUGAGACAUACUACUGGUUCAAGUUGUCUUCCGACUCAACCUGAUAUUCUAAAAUCAACACCAGAUCAUCAAAGACCGUGAGAUGUAUAUUACGAUAAAUAUUUAUACAAGUUUAGAAAAUAAGGUAAAACAAAUAAAUACUUAAUCUAGUUAAAUCAUGUGGCGUUAACAACAUACUCAUAGGCGUUUAAGUAAAUAAGUAAAUACGAUUGAAUGCACUGCCUAAAAAUAGUAAUGAUAAAAGAAAAAAGAAUAAUAAUAAAUAAAUAGUUUUGAUGAUAAGAUAUAUUAAAAGAACAUGAUUGAUAGGUAACUGGAAUUAAUCCUAGCAAAAUAAAUUUUAUUUCUAUGAUUGCUUGUACAUAUACCGUAUUUAAUUGUGACGUAAGAUUGUGAAGUAUAAAAAAAAAUAAUAAAAAAAGUAGGAUUAUUGAAUCUAAUAAUAAAAAAAGAAAUAAAAAAUAAACUGAUGUGUAAAUAGUAACUCUUUGUCGUAAUCAAUGUGUAGAGUUCUGAGCUAAUUAUAAGGGAAGAUGCAGGACAUCGGACUCUCAUAAUUUGAGAUAACAAGGGCCGGUUUUCUUGCCAAUAAAACAAGCGUUAAAUUAACUAAAACCCUUUUUUUCGUAAGGAGCCAUACUUAAAUUAUGUAACAAAUUUAAGAGCAAGGGGGAGUAAAAUGAAUUUGUAAGUGUAGAAGAAGGCGUUGAAAAUUUGCACGUAAUUUAUCAUACAAAAUUAUAGAACUUGAUGGUAAUUAGCAAAAAUAAUUUUAAUUUAAUUUGCAGCACCGGAAUUCGCUUAUAUACAUGGUGACCACAGAUUUUGAAACUGAAAUUCCUUGACUUUUUCAGGUAUUCCAGUCAAAUAAUUUAAAAAUUCCCUCGCCAUAUGUAGUAGUAUUAAGUCAUUGGAAAUUUUCAUUUAAUUCAAAAUAAAAUGGCAUAAGUCAGUUUGAUAAGUAAUCAAUCAUUGUCGCUAAAUCAAACUUUAUUUUAUUAUUUGUCAAUGUUCAUAGAUUUUUUUUAUUUAUUAAAUGAAUAAUUUUUUAUUCUUUAUUUUAAAUCUAUGUUUUUAUAUAACUUACUCCAUAAUAAAAUAUAAGAAAAUUUUUCAUUUUCACUAGAAUAAAUUUCAUAAAUAAAAACGUUUUAUAGAAUAUUGAUAAAAUAUAAAUCAAGUACGCGAAUAUUAAAUAUAAAGAAACUUAUUAGAUCAAUGCUUAUGUAUACUUUUAAUGUUUUUAGUUUUUUAACUUGUCAAUAUGUAUGUAAAUAGCUUCAAGAUCCUGACAAUUGAUUUCUACUAAAACUUUUUUUUUUUAACAGCCUUUUUAAUUCUAACUGCUUCAUUUUUCUGCUAUUGGAAUCAAUUUCUACUAAUUUUUUUUCAAAACAGUAUUGCAGUUGCAUACGCGCCGCGCCACGUUUUGAACAGUUUCGACAGAAAAAAAAAAUUUAUCGGAUUUUUUCAGUCAAAAAAAAAACAGUAAAAAUUUUCCCAGCGUUGUGACGAAAUUCCCUGACUUUUCUGAUUUUUCCAGUAUAUUUAUAACUCCUUGACAUUUCCAGAUUUUCCAAAAAUGUGGCCACCGUGAUAUAUAAAUAUAAUUAAUUUUAAUAAUCAAUAAAUUGUUCUUAACAAUACUUGAUCUCUUCCAAUUUACUGUAGAUUUUUAUUACAGAUGUCAUUCGUCAAUAAUUAUGAAAGCAAUCAAAAUAUGAUUUUAAAUUUCUGAGAAUAGAAGAAAAUUACGUACAAUAUAGAGAACAAAUUGAGGCUGUAGGGCGAAGGUAAUAUUUUGAUAGGAAUUGUAUCUUUAGAAGGGUGGAGGUCAAAAUGUGAUCCUAAAAGCGUUAUGUAAUUUAAGUACAGCCCCUCAAUACUAUUUAGAAUGAUUAAUCUCAUCAAAUUCAUUAUACAAUUUUUUGCGAUCAAUUUUUAAAAAUUUUGACUUUUUACUGUAUUGACAAUUUAAAAACUUUGGAUUAAGUACAAUUUUAAUACUUUAUAACAUAAAAUUAAACUGCGUAUUGACAUGCGAAAAUUAAAUAAUGAUUAUUCGAUUGUUUAGUUAAUUUUAUUUCUAAAAAUGAUUUUUAAUUAUUAAUAAAUAAUUACUAUUGUAAAUAUUUAAAUAAUAAUUUUUGUAAUUACUUAUAACAAAAGGUGUCACAGUAAAAAUAAAUUACGUUGUUAACUAUUUUAAAUUUAAUUUGUAAAAAUAAUGCUUGAAAUCGAAGUAUUUAGAUUAAGAUAUAUUAAUCUCGAUAUUCAAUAAAUUAAUACGUCAUUGAUAUUAAUUAAUUACUUUUUCAACAAUAUAUAUGUAAUUUUAGUUUACAAUAAAUAUUUAAUUUUUCACAUGCAUAUUAAUAUUUAUGUAAUUAAAAAUAUUAAAUUGUUUACUUUCUUUGCUUUAGGUUCAAAAUUUUUUUCAAGCAUCGACAUUCAAACACUCUUAUAAUUAAGAACAAUUCAUUUUUUUUUGAUAACUCAUUUUUUUUUCAAUUUUUUUUUUUAUUAGCAUUUGAAAUACAACUUAAUUUUUAAUAGAAUCUGUAAUUUAUAAUUCAGAUAAUUAAUAUUCUUUUAAAAAAACUUUUAUUUUAUAAACAAUAUAUUAUAAACUACGGGAAAGAUGAAAGUUUUACACUAAAAAUAUUUAUUUUGAAAACUAAAUAACUAAAUAGAUUAAAAAAAAAAACUUUAAUUUCAUGUAAGAAACAUAAUAAAUAAUUUAUUUAUUUUGAUUUCGUUUAUUUACAUUUACAAAUAAAAUAUACAAUAAUUACCUACAAUUUAAUUAAUUUGAAAUAUAUAUGUAUAAAUAUACACCAAUAUUUGCUAUUACAACAACAAAUAAUGUAAAAUAAGUGCUCGAAUAUUUAAUAUAUUUCAAGGAGGGAAAGAAGUCUGAGAUAAAAAAAAAGAGAAGGUUUUUGUGAUUUUUUUUUUUCAAAGUACCUUGUUUAUUGAAAUUCUUAAAAUUUGUGACAUUAUUAAUCAUCAUUUCAAGAAUAUUCUGAUAAAUUUUCAUAAUAAAAUAUUGAAUAAUAAGCCAGUGGUAGAGGGGAGAGACGAGUCACUUUAAAAAAAAAGUCUACAUGCCGUAGGCAGGAUAACUAAUGACUGCCUUAUCUGAAAUAAAAAAUCCAAAAAGAUUUCUUUAGUACAUAAGUUUAUAUUAGAUUUGAACUAAGGAUUUUUUUUUCAAUAACGCCUUAUUUUUUAAUUAAACAAAGGAGCAAUCUUUGGCAAAAAUCAGAGUUUUUUUAUUGCACCUUUACCAAAAAUUCAAAAAUAAAUAUUUUGUUUGUUCCUUCGUUCAAAUCCGAGAUAAACUUUUGUACUAAAGAAAUCUUUUUGGUUUUUUGAUUAUAGACAAGGCAGUCAUAAGUUAUCCUGCCUACGGCAUAUAGACUUUUGUUUCAAAUGACUCGUCUCUCCUCACUACCACUGGCCCAUCUUUCAAUAUUUUUUUAUAAAAAUGUAGCAGAAUAUUCUUGAAAUAAUCUUUAAUAAUAUCAAAAAUUUUAAGAAUGUUAGUGAAGUAGUUACUCUGAAAAAAAAUCACGAAAAUAUGUUCUUUGUUUUGUAUCUUAGAUCCCUUUCUCCCCUCAAUUAGUUCUUGUGCCAUGGAGGUAUUCAAGUAAAUUUGUUAUUAAAAUUAUAAAUAUGAUCCAUAUUGUCACUGAAAUUUAUUAUUUUUAGUACUACGGAUAGUUGAAAUAAAAAAAAUAAUUAAGUAUUAAAAUAAAUUGUAGUUUUAUACGUUAAUAACAAUAAACUCGAGCGAAUGUAGAAAUAAUAAUAACUUUUUUUUAUUAAUUCUCUUUACAUAAAAACGAUGAUACAUAUUAUUAUAAAAUAAUAUUGAGGAUAUUCUGGUAAAAACUAGUCUUUAUUUAUAAUUAAUGAGUAUUAUAUUAAAUUAACCAAACUUUUAUACAAACUAUUGAUAUUAAUUUACAAAAAAUAUUAUUAAUAAAAUAUAUAUAUAUAUGUAAAAUCUUAAAUUGUAAAAGAAAUAUUAAUGCGGAUAAAUUACGGACGUCUUCCCUUUUAAGUAAAAUAGGAAAAGAUAUAAAAAAAAAGAAGAAAAAUAUAAAGCUGAUAAAUUGACUUGUGAUACGCACAAGUUUUCAUUUAAAUAUAUAUUAAAUAAUCAUUCCUGGUAAAGCGAUUUAAAAAAAUAGCUAUACAAUUCAAUGAUAAAUAUGUAUGAUUGUUCAAUUUAUUUUAUAAUUUAAAAUAAAUAAUUAUGUCAUUAUAGUGAAUAGUACAAAGAAUAAAACACAAACACGACAAUUUGUUGUCUAAUUUUUUAUAAAUGAACAUUAUUAUGCUAUCACAAAAUGAAUGACGAGUUUCUGAUGUAAGAUAUUAAAUAUGUGUAUUUGAAUGUUAGAAUUAAGUAAGUAAGGUAAAAGACUCAUUACUCGCUCACUUUUCAUUGGAGUGAGAUUAUGCCACUCAAUAUAAAUUGGUAAAUUAAAUGAAAAACAUUUUUUUUAUAUUUAUUUUUUGUAGUUAUAAAUAAUAGAAUAAAAUUUUAAUUUGAAGAAUAA